CGCAGCUACGCACACCCAUCCCUCUGAUAAGUCUGGUGCUCUUGAUAUCGGCCUUUCUUCGACCUCAAAUUUCUUCCACUGCAGGCUGUGCUGUUGGGUUGAUUUUGCUCGUCGAGCUGCGCUGACAACAUCGCUGUUUGUCUUGUCUUGUCUUGACUUCACUCACCUCAACCACUUCGCUCUCGAUGUUGAUUCACGACCCUCGCUGCCUAAAUCUUGCGAAUUCACUUCGCUGAACCAUGAUUGACUUUGCGGCACUCUACUUCAAAAAGCGGCGACGUUGAAGCAUGAUUCUAAGUAGUGUUCCGGGCCCAGGUUUCGAAAGCAGCGACUCUAGAUCGUGACCCAGAUCUUCAUACCAAUAGACACCAUACAUCUGUGAAAUGCCACAUACCUCAAAGUCGAAUCAGUCACGGGCUAUCACUUCACCCGAUGCUCAACAGAUCGCUUCCUCCAACCAAACUGUCAAUUUCCUCCUUGGUGGUCGCACUCGCUCAUGGAUGACAGGGGACCCAUCGGCAACAACCAACCCUACUAGACUUGCUCCAGUAGCCUCCAGUAAUUCCCGGAAACGGAACAAAAAGAGAAAGGUGUCUGACGCUGCUCCCCCAACCCAGAACGACAAUGACAUACAUCGCGACAAUAACCCGACCGAGCAAUCAUUUGAACAACGACCAAGUGCCGGAGAACCAGCAAGAGCUUCGACCGUCCUACCCUCUCCGGCGCUGACCGACGCACCAAGCCCGAAUGUCUCGAAUCAAACCGACAGCACUAAUCCCGAUCCAAGCGCUCACGUAGGCAGCGCAGGGCCUGGGGGGCCAGUCUCUGAUAGUAACAUGAACCAAAGCGACUCGACACACGUCGCGACUAAUACCAACUACCCAAGCUCUACAGCCGCCGUCUCCCUUCAGCCCAAGACUUCUAUGCCACAGCAAAACUACGUCUCUCAAGCGACAAUUCUACCUACGGCGACCGGUCCUACGUUGGCUAAUCAAGCUCCUCAGGCAACAGCCUCGCCGCUUUCCCACAUAGAAAUACGCCCUCAAAAUCUAGGAGCGCCACUAGAAGCGAACUCGAGGCAGCAUAUAAGACCACCCACUGCUAUUGAUCAUCAAGCAAAGCGCCCUCGGGUCCAAGAAGCAACAAGUUCGGGAAAUUCCAGAGACCGAAGUAUCUGUCUAAAAUGGUACAACUCGAUCGAGCACCGCGUGGCGCAAGCUGUCCAUGCCGGGCUCCUGAAUGAAACAGUUGAAAAACCACGAUAUAGGAUCUUGGCGGAAGCAUGCCAGAACGAGGAUUUCUUCUACAUUGCUUUUCACCAGGCACUUUGUGCUUGGUCCUUAAACAGAGGGCCGAUUCAUGCGCUCUUCCUUGGAUUAGUACAGCCAAACCUGCUGGAUGCUGCCUUUGACGUAGCGCAAACCAUUCUCAGGAAGAAUGAACAUAUGUCCCAUGCACAUCUGCAAUGGUUUGCCAACUUCCCCAGUACCAUCGCCGAGUUCUCAAGGGUUUUCCCCAAUACAGAAGCGGCUAGAGACAUUUCUGCGUUUCUCAUCCAGCUGGCAACAAACUGGCAUACGCUCUCACAAAAUGUUCAGGCACGAAGGUAUCCUUUGCUCGCAUCUGAGCUGAUAUUCAUCCUACGCUGCCGAGCCAAAGGUCUACAGUCUAUGCUGUUCACCAUGAGCCGCAGAAGCCUUGGCGUAAAUGACGGUCCUGUAGCAAGUGCGAUGAACGUCAUUUUUGAUCAGGACAGGGAGGACGAAGCUGCAUACGAGGCUCGCGGUGAGCCCCCUGAAACCCUCAAACGCGCCAGGGAGGCAAUUGCGAUGAAAUAUCGGGACCUUGUUAUGUCGGCGGCGCAACGAGCAGCAUCCAAUGCAGGCUCGAGUGCUCAUAUAGUUGCACAACGUGGACAUCAAUCGCUACCACCUACAACAACUAACCUAUCUUAUCCCGUGCAUACCGCAUCGGCUUCAUCUCCUUCUCUCCCCUCGCAUUACGAUGCAUUCGCUGUUAGGCCUUCAGUAGGCGACCCAAGGGUGGUAAGCCCGGGGUCUGUGAAUAACCACUCGCCUUCGACAGGCAAUAGUGUCAGCGGGAUUCAGGGCCCGCGACGACCGAAUCACCUUCACAUCCAAAUCGAUACUGCAACAUCGUCGCCUCAUUUUGUCACUGCCUACCAGUCUCCCCAGUUAUCACAGCAUCCAUUACCCAGGUCGUCAAGCGCUGGGUCGCUCCCCAUACAACCAAACCGCGGAUCUCCAGUUACGACUAACACUCCUGUAAUUCCAUCGAAUGGCCCAUCACGAACAGCUAUUUUACCGCCAAAUAAUCCUCUAUUACAACGACGAGCAGCCUCGUUUGCGCAUCCAUCCCAGACGCUUCCUAGCCCUUACGGGACAUACACCGAAAACCAAGCACCGCACCACCAGCUGGCAGGAACGCCGCAAGUCUCGAGUCCAGUUUCACAGAUAAACCCUCAUCAUCAUGGCCAGCCUAUGCAGUCCCCACAGUUUCAAACGGCAUACAAUCAGUUAAACCCGCCUCGUAGGGCAUCUACGUCGCAGUAUAAUAUGAUGUCAGCCCCGUCAGCUCAUGUUUAUUCCGCUCAGCCGAUUGGGCCACGAAAUCCAGCAUACCAAGUACCAGUUGCUAGCUAUCCGUAUUCACUGGCUGGGCCCGUUCAGCAAAUACCGGAAGCCGACUAUCCAGCUAGCCCGUAUGGUUAUGGCUCACUUCAAGUUGGUUUGCAGCAUGUCGGUGUACGCAGUCCCAGGCGCGUUCCCUUGAAUCCUGGCAAAAUUCGACAUUAUCAGUUUGUCAGACAGCUAGUAUACCAACCCCUAGCCCUUGAGCCUCAAAGGGGACUGCGGUCUCUGUCUUUCAACGUGACAAAAGAUCAGAUACAAAAGUUAGCAAAGAAAAUCGAGGGGAUUGGUGUUCCAUUUUGCUACUAUUCCGAGGGCUGUCGUCGUUACCGGCUGCGUAUGAUUGUGCAGCCUGAGACACAAGCUGAACCAUCUGAGUCAGGUUGGGUGAUGUCUGCAACAUGCUGGCCUAGCCAUAUUUUUUUUGACCUGAAUUCGAAGUCCCUUGAGCUGCGACGAAAACAACAUUUUCAUAAAGAUCAACCGCUGGAGUUGACAGAUUUCUUAGUUGAGGGCGAGAACAAGAUGACCAUCAGCUAUCCUGUUGUUGAACAGAAUUCCAAGCCGGGAUAUAAGCAUUUCAUGGCGAUUGAGAUAGUGGAGACAAUGAGCCAUGGGGCGAUUACCGACCUUAUACACUCACGACACCUCCCAGCAGAGGAAACGAGGUACAAGAUAAUAUGUCGCUUACGUCCCUCGGAUUCAGACGACAUCAUCGUCCAGGAUGAGACUCUGCCAAUCUCCUUGGCAGACCCUUUCAGUAAACAGAGGGUUGCGGUUCCAGUCAGGGGCAGUCAAUGCAAGCACUUGGAAUGUUUUGAUUUAGAAACGUUUUUGGGGACCAGAAGCGGAAAAGAGCCACAAAAAGGAGGCGGCCCGCAGCAACAGGGGGAAGAACCUUCGUUGGUGGACAGAUGGGGUUGUCCAAUAUGUGGACUCGAUGCACGUCCUAUCAGUCUCUUGGUGGAUGAUUAUCUCGUGACAGUUAGGCGCUCGCUGAUCAGCAAUGGCGACACUCGGACAAGAAACAUCAAAGUGGCUCCUGAUGGUACGUGGUCUGCAGUAUGGGAGCCGGAGGAGUCUGAUGACGAUUCACCGGCACCACAACCUAAAGGUUCGGUUAAUGGGCAUGCUAGUAGGCAACCAAGGCCACCCCCGACACCAGUCAUCGACAUAUCGGAUGAUGAAUAGAGUCUUG